AUGAUUGAUGCUGAUAAAGAAAACUAUAGUAAUUAUUACAAAUUAUGUUUAAAACUAGUUCGACCCCGUGGAAUCAUCGCCAUUGACAAUGUUCUAUGGAGCCACCGUGUGCUCGACCCGAAUGAUAACUGUCCUCAAACUGUCAGCAUAAGAGAAAUGAAUGAAUUGAUAGCUGAAGAUAAGAGUAUACGAGUUUCUCUCUUAAGAACUGGAGAUGGAUUGACAAUUGUUGUGAAGAAAUGA